GUUCAAAGACUUUUGGGAUUCUCUCUUCUCUAAUCCUACACAAAACACUACUCAAAACCGAAAAUAACAAUGUCUGGAAUCGUCAACCGUGCCACCGAAACCGUCAGCACCACCGCGCAGAACGUUGCGGCGGUCGUCGACCCAUACGUUCCCCAGGUUGCAAAGAAUGUUGCGAACUACGCCCUCGGAACUGCUGUUGCUGCCAAGGACCUCGCCGCUUCUACCGUCACCUCCGCACAGGGUACCGCUGUUGCUGCUAAGGACCGCGCCGUGAACACUGCUACCGGCGCGGUCAACUUUGCCUCCACAACUGUCAACAACACUACCUCGUACGCCUCCAACAAGGUUACCGAGGCUAUUGACUUUGGGAAGAUUGUCGUCACUGGUGCCACCACCACCAUCACAUCCUACACUCCCAACCCCAUCCUCAACUUGGUCCAGGGAACUGUUGAGCAGGCCAAGUCUCUCCACUCUGACCCUGUCGGAACCGUGAAGAACUACGUGCCCACCUUUGUCAUCCACGCUGGAGAGAAGACCUACGAGGUUGUGCACAACACCAAGGAGCGCGCUGUUGGUACCGCCAAUGCCACCACUGGUUUCGUCGUCACGAAAGUCAACGGUGUCGUCCACUCCGUUACCUCCAUCCCCCAGAUUCACAACUUGAUCGAACAGCUCGAGAAGUUGGCUGCCCCCGUCUUGAACAAGUUGGGCGUGAGCAAGCAUUCCGACACCACCGCCGUCCCAGUGAACGCCGAGACUCCAGUUGACGCCCCCGUGGCCCCCGUCGACGCCCCUGUGGCUCACUAAGCAUUCUGUCACUUUCUCUGCCUCAAAUAUCUCCUUCUUGGCUCCCCAUCCCUUUUCUUUUCGAUCAUCCUCAUUCCAGUCACGGCGUGUAUGUGGCGUGAAAAUGUAACGGUUUUUAGGUCAUCUCAUAGUUUCUUAGCAUCAUUAUUUUAGUAACCUUCAGAAAACUCACUUAAGCCGCAUAGAGCAAAUAAGAGGACGAAAAAACUCUUGCUGUUGAAGAAGUUGCGCAAAUGGUGCCGCUGUAUUAGUUCGAUGAACUUGGUUUACUGUGCUCGCUUCAAGUUCUCG